AGAAAGAGAAAUUAAAGCAUAUAUAACAUGUUAAUUCGUUGAUCAAGAAAAAAAUAAAGAAAAAUAAUGCAACAGUAAGUAAAAAGAAGGAACAAUACUUAGUGGAGAUGUUUGAGUUUGUAAGAAACUUAGCUCAUCAGCAUGAGCAGGUGGUGCCAAUCUCAGUGUUUGUGGCAAUUCUCUGCCUAUGUUUAGUUAUAGGACAUUUGCUUGAAGAGAACCGAUGGGUCAAUGAAUCAAUCACUGCAAUCUUAAUUGGAGGCAUGGCAGGAACAGUAAUCUUGUUCUUGAACAAAGGAAAAAGCUCUCACAUCCUAAGGUUCAGUGAAGAGUUGUUCUUCAUUUAUCUCCUCCCGCCUAUUAUAUUCAAUGCAGGAUUUCAGGUGAAGAAGAAACAGUUUUUUCAGAACUUCAUAACCAUCAUGCUGUUUGGAGUAAUCGGGGUUUUUAUCUCUACCUCGAUUAUUACAGCCGGCAGUUGGUGGCUGUUUCCCAAGCUAGGAUUUUUUGGUUUGACUGCACGAGAAUAUCUCGCUGUAGGAACUAUUUUCUCAUCAACAGAUACAGUUUGUACAUUGCAGGUCCUUCGCCAAGAUGAAAAUCCUUUAUUAUACAGCCUAGUGUUUGGAGAAGGAGUAGUGAAUGAUGCAACAUCAGUAGUUCUCUUCAACGCAAUUCAAAAGAUCGAUGUUUCGAGAAUUAACAGCCGAACAUCUCUCCAGUUGAUUGGUGAUUUCAUUUACCUGUUCUCGACAAGUACUGCUCUUGGAGUUACUUUCGGACUUGUAACAGCGUAUUCUCUUAAAACCUUAUACUUUGGAAGACAUUCAACUGUUCGUGAACUUGCUAUUAUGGUUUUAAUGGCAUAUCUGUCUUACAUGUUAGCUGAGCUGUUAGACCUUAGUGGGAUUCUCACUGUUUUCUUCUGCGGAAUUCUGAUGUCACACUAUGCAUGGUACAAUGUGACCGAAAGUUCAAGAAUCACGACAAGGCAUAUAUUUGCAAUGAUGUCAUUUGUUGCAGAAACCUUCAUUUUUCUCUAUGUAGGAAUGGAUGCUCUUGACAUGGAGAAAUGGAAGAUGACUCGACUAAGUGUUGGGACUUUAAUGGCCAGCUUUGGAACCUUAGUUUUUCUAAUAUUGGUCGGACGUGCUGCAUUUGUGUUCCCUCUCUCUGCUUUCUCCAAUUAUUUGAACAAGCAUCCCGAUAGAUCAAAACCAUUAACUUUUAGACACCAGGUGGUUAUAUGGUGGGCUGGGCUAAUGCGAGGGGCAGUAUCCAUUGCUUUGGCUUUUAAACAGUUCACAUUUUCUGGUGUGACAUGGGAUCCGGUCAAUGCAGCAAUGAUAACAAACACUAUAAUCGUUGUUCUGUUUACUACACUGGUAUUCGGUUUCCUAACAAAGCCCCUUAUACUCUGCCUGCUUCCGCAGCAUGUAACUGACACAAGUGAUGAGGGUCAGGGAUCGAAAUCCCCAAAGGAGGACAUGACCCUACCUUUGCUAUCCUUUGAGGCAUCUGCCUCGACCAAUAUCCUUCGAGCAAAGGAUAGUUUGAGUAUGUUGAUCGAAAGGCCUGUGUACACCGUACAUUUCUACUGGAGAAAGUUCGAUGACAGGUAUAUGAGACCGAUAUUUGGAGGCCCUAUUAGCAGUCCGCCCGAAUGUUAGAUAGCCAACCAUCGUUAUAGGCAGUGGUAAGUUCAGACUGAAACUGGCAUGACAUAAUCAAUUGAUGGCAGUAAGUUUUCCCUUUUUCCCAAGGGCUGCUUGGGUUUUAAUGUUAGCAAAUGGCAGAUCAAGAUAGUACUACGCUCGAGGAAUAGAAUGAGUCUGGUUUGGACUUUUUGGACUUCUAUGUUUGUGUUAAAAACAGUCAUGAACAUACUCUAAAAUAGAUUGCCUUAGAAGGGAAGCUAUUAGUGAAAAAUAUGAAAAUUGAAGUAAAUGCAACAAGAAGAAAGAUGGUAAAAUAUAGCAACAGUUGCAAUACAGUUUCAAUGCAAUUUAACCCAGUUUUUAUCUUAA